CCCAAAUGUCGGUAUUUGCGGCACAGAUUAGUUCGUUGUUAUUGGGCUUAGCUCGUGGGUAGGCAGGAAUAAGUACAUGUGGUGUAUAUUAAUAGAUCCCACGCGAAGUAAGAAGGAUCGUAAUGUCCCUGUUACCGGGUACACUGAAAAUGUAUAUAUACUAAUCUACUAGUACCCGGGUAUCUAUCACAAAACCGUCCAUCACUUGCUCCUUCAUCUUCAAUCAUGGGUCCAUCAAUUUGGAGAGUUCUUAUUGCCAGCAUAUUUUUCUGUCUUUUUACCGAUGUAUCGACAGCCACUGUCAAUAUCUCCGGCCUUAAGCCGCUACUCUCAUCUCAAGCAACAAUUGUCAACAAUACCUCUGGAGCCCCACGAUGGAGUGACUUUGAUGCCCCAACUCCUGGCGCUGUGGUCAAUGUAGCCACCGAAAAUGAUGUGUUAGUUACUGUAAGCUUACCGACGAUUCGCAAUAAUUCUAGAAACACACGCUUACUAGAACACUUCAUAGGUCCAAUACUGCAUAGCUCAGAACAUUACAUUUCUUGCCCAGAAUGGUGGCCACGGCUGGUCCACGACGCUUGAUUUACAUCAAAAUGGCAUACUCAUAAACUUGGCCGGCAUCAAAGCUAUCUCAUUCAACUCCGCCAAAACACAAAUCACAUUUCAGGGUGGUGCCUUGAUAUCCGAUGUGGUCGAUGCCGCGUAUGAAAAGAGUGUUCUCGUCCCAACAGGUACUUGUAACUGCGUUGGCACAAUUGGAGCUGUCCUAGGCGGAGGCUUCGGCAACUUAAUAGGCAUCUAUGGAUUUGGAGUUGAUAAUGUAAUCUCUAUGAAUGUUGUCACGGCUUCCGGGACUGCAAUCACUGUAUCCCCAACAAGCAACACGGACUUAUGGUGGGCCAUGCGUGGCGCCGGGCCUAAUUUUGGAAUUGUUACAUCGGCGGUGAUGAAAUCGUAUCCCGUCGCUUCCAGUCUGCUAAACGCAUGGACAGGCUCUUUGAUUUUCACUAGUGCCCAACUCGAGGCUCUCGUAGAAGCACUGGGCCAGCUGGAUUUAAAAUCAGAGAUGAGCAUAGAAAUGUUCUUCCUGAUGUCUGACAACUCGCCUAUCGUAUUGUUGACAGUAUUCUACUACGGUACAGAAGCAGCUGGAAAAGCAGCGUUUGCUCCACUCUAUUCCGUCGGGCCCAUUGUGGAUGGAACAGCUAUUACACCCUAUAACGAAUGGAAUUCUGGCGGUGAUGCUUUCUGCACAAAGGGGGACUUCAAACCUUCUUGGGGUGUUGGGCUUGCAGAGUUGGAUGUUCCCACAUGGAAAUCCGUAUGGAAUGAGUGGCUCACGUUCGCGCAAAUGCCCGGGGCAAACAACAGUGCAAUGAUAUUGGAUAUGUAUUCUCUAGGGACAGCCAGAAAGAUUUCAGACCUUUCAUCUGCUUACCCUUUCCGAUCCACCAUAACCUUCAAUGCUAUCGCUACAGCAUGGUACUCAGACCCUGCCCUAGACGCAGCCGCAGAAGUCUUUGGUUCGAAUGUUCGCAACUUACUACGAUCUACAUCUGGUCUUUGUGAUAACAGCACGUGAGUUUUAAUAUUCUCUAAUCAACUUUGACCCGUAGAGGCAUUCAUAAAAUGGCAGCUAACAUUCUGUUUACUUAGAUAUAUUAACAAUGGCUUUGGCGACGAAAGCUUAGAUACUGUAUAUGGUGACAAUCUGAGUAAACUUAAGGCGAUCAAAAAACAACAUGACCCUUUAUGUAAAUUUUGUCACUGGUAUCCCCUUAUCUAGUCGGAGAGACAAGAUGGCUAGAAGGGCAGUGGAGGUUGAACAAAUAACAUCUAAUUUCUCGAGCUAUAUUUUAAUGUGCCACUGCUUUCUCUGAUACCGCUCUCUCUGAUACCGCUCUCUAUUUUGUAUGUUUCGUGCCAAAUCAAAAAGUGCAUAAAUACAACUACUUUCUACUCAGUUUGUGCAUGAGAACAGUAACUAAAGCGCUAGAAGGGCCUGUAGACUUCCGGUCGUAAUCUUAGCGAUCUUUCCAGUAAGGUUAUCGACACAAGCUUUGCGUGACAAACGUACUGUGAAAGC